AUGCGCACAUCUAUCGGACUCGAGGACACAUUCCUACCAUCGCCGGUUGCGUGCUUACCAUCGUCGGUCGCUGUCUACCAGCAUCGGUUGCGCACUUACCAUCGUCCGUCGCUACCUCCCAUCGUCGAUCGCGCACCUCCCAUCAUAGGUCACUUACCUACAAGCGUAGGGUACUCAAGUCCACACGAGUUCGGGUUCGGAUUCGGGGCCACUUACUGA